AUGGUACGACCGAAAAAGGUCGCAAUUGUUGGCCCAUCCGGCCUCGUCACAGCCAAGACGCUCUUACACAACAUCCCCAACAAGGGCAUGUUCGAGCCCGUCGUCUUCGACCAGAAGCGUGCGGUGGGAGGGUUGUGGUGUGUCCAUCAUCCAGGACAAAGGAAAUCAUUCGAUGGAUCGUCUGCAUCUGCGUUUAUCAGCCCGUCCAUGCGCACGAAUCUCAGUCGUUUCUCCGUGUGCUUUUCUGAUUUUUCCUGGGAGGAGUUAUUAUCGUCGUCGUCGUCGUCGUCGUCGUCAUCGGUGCUGGGUCAUGGUGAUAGUGACGGCCCACCAAUGUUCCCUCAGGCUUGGCAGGUAGGUAGAUACCUGGACAGAUACGCAGAGAGGUAUAUUCCUCGCGAAAUUCUCCGGUUGGGAUGUAGGGUUGUGAGGACGGAGUGGCGAAAAAAGACAUUGGUUAAUGAUGUGGAUGAUGAUGAUGGCCAUGGCCAUGGCCAUGGCAACUGGAUGGUCGAGUGGGUGGAGGAGGGUAAAACCGGGCAGACUGCUAAAAAGACACACGCAGAACGCUUCGACUAUUUGGUCGUCGCAUCCGGGUACUUCUCUUGUCCUUAUAUCCCGGAUAUCCCUGGUCUGGAGCAAUUCAACGACCGGGUGAUCCACAGUUCCUCUCUUCGAGACGUAGAAGAGCUGAUGCAGAAACUGCAGCUGCAGCCUUCUGGGUCGAAGCUGGUCGUCGUCGGCGGCAGUCUGUCUGGAGCAGAAGCUGCUUCUUCGCUGGCUCUGCAUCUAUCCUCGUCGGUUCAUGCGCCUGCAACUUCAUCCGGAUCGUCGAGUAGACGCUGGCAGGGCUAUUCAGUCCAUCAUAUCUCUACCAGGCCGUUCUGGGCUGUGCCAACCUGCCUACCCAGCUCGACGCCCGGUGAGACCUGCGGGUCGUUUCUUCCUCUCGAUCUGGUCAUGUACGAUCUGUCAAGGCGACCUCCAGGGGAGGUAGAAUACUGGUUUGGGCCUGUUCCUCCACAGCGCUCUGUUUCUGUGAAUGAGUACUUCAAAUCUCUUCUCGGGACGGACCAGUCGGAUAUUGGAGAUGGCAGUCUGGCCCAGAACAGUGCUGCUGCCAAGGAACGACCGCCCUGGGUCGCCGUGACAGAUAGCUACGCCGAGUUCGUCCGCUCCGGAGACGUGCGAGUGACCAUCGGCCGGGUCUGCGCCGUCCAUCGCUCGUCUCGCGGACCAGGAACGCUCCAAGUCCAACUUUCCAACGGCGAGACAACAACGCUGGAAGACGUCGCCGCGAUCGUGUUCGCGACGGGGUUCACCCCGUUCGACUCGCUGUCCUUCUUGCCCGAGGACGUCCUCUCCCAACUGGAGUACUCGGCCGAGGACCCCUUUUUACCCCUCGUCCUUGACGGGAAAGGCUCGUCGCGUGCUGAAGUUCCUGACUUGGGGUUUGUCGGCAUGUACAGGGGACCGUACUGGGGGGUGAUGGAGAUGCAAGCUCGGAGGCUUGCGCGGCAGUGGUCUCCCUCUCCAGCUGAAGAUCCAGGCAGAACGGCAGAGAGGCAGCAACUCCGCACUCUCCGAAACGCAGAUCCGCGGCUUGCGCGCGCACAAUUCCCAAUGGGCGACUAUGUCGGACUGAUGGAGUCGUUCGCGCGAGAGCUGGGGAUCGCUCGCUACGAGCUGCCAGGCCAGGACCGACGGAGCGGGCCUGUCGUGCCUGCAAGAUAUGCCGCGCCGACGUACGAUCCUAGCCUGCAGAGUGAGAGGGAGGUGACUACGACGUUGAACUCUCUCCAGGCCGUCAUGUCAGGUACAGACAGCUCCAUCCAUCAGCAGUCGACAGCCAAGGCGAUCUUUCGCGCGCUGCAGGGGAAAUGGAAGUAUUCGCGAACAGUCCAGGCGACGCAAGCAGACCCGUCGCCAUCAUCCUCGUCAGGCAUCGCGGUCUUUCACCCUCGCUAUCCGUCCGACGCGGGUUAUGAGGGAGAGUACCUGUACGAAGAGACAAACACUGACAGAAGCGACAAUAGCGUCAGAACAGUCUACCGCUUUCGCGCGUACGCUAGCACUCAAAAUAAGAAGGAGAAGGAGCCAGUACACACACACAUCGCCGUCUGGACAGCAGACAAUCUCAAAACCGCCAGCAGAUAUUCCCACGGCUUGUACUUUGACCAGCAGCGGCGGCAGCGGCAGCAGCGUAAUAGUGGUAAUAUUUACAAGGACAAGGCCAGUGACAGCAAUGAGUCUCUCACAGAUCGAGUCCAAUACCAUUAUGCCAGAGGAACGGGCGCCGGAUCUGGUUCUGCCAGUACUCUUCAAUCUGAGCAUGAACACAAACAUGAACACGAAUACGAACAUGAAUAUGAAUACGCCUACACAUUCCGAACCAAAGGCGUGGCGAUCACGUCAUGGGAAGUCGUGGUAAUCAGCUCCAGAUCGGCUUGCGGGCACAGAUGCAGGACGGUGUAUGAGCGCGAUGUUAGAUAG